UUAGCGUUCAGUAUCGAUUUCAGUCUCUUCCGUAGAACAAUAUAAAAUUAUUACCUGUAGUUAAAAAAAAAAGUUUAAGCAACAUGAAGAGUUUUUUGGUUGCGGUGCUUCUAGUUCAGAUAGCCGGGAUUUUGUCUUUAGAUUACUACGAUGUUCUCCUUUAUGAUUACUCAUCGAAAUCGGGGGAAAACGCCAAAGAUAUAAUGCAUCACAAUUUGGAAAAUAUACACAGCCUUCUAGAAACGACCAAAAAACUGGAUAUCGUCGUUUUCCCAGAAUACGGACUGACUUCCAUCAAUAUCACCAAAGAGAAUGUAGCGGAAUUCGCCAUAGAAGUGCCAUUCGCGGAAGCCCAACCCUACGGGGAUAACUUUGAUAGCGACUAUCUGAAUAGGCUGUCAGUGAUAGCGAAAGAGAAAAUCAUCAAUUUGGUGGUGAACGUGUUGGAAAAGGACACGAAGAGCGGAAAGUACUACAACACGAAUCUAUUCUUCAGCAACGAAGGUCAGCUGAUUUACAGGUAUCGCAAGAUCAAUUUGAGUGAAUGGGAGAAGAGAUUUUUAACGGCCGGCACCGAAUUGGGAAUUUUCAAGUUCCCGAAAAUCGACAUCAAAUUCGCAACUCUUAUAGGGGAAGACAUUUUGCACUAUAACCCGGCGAUCGACUCGAUUGCAGAACGCGACGUGACCAACGUCAUCCACACAUCAGCAAUGCAAUCGGUCCUUCCCUUCAUGGGCUCUCUACCCCUCUUCAGCGGCUUUGCAAAGAAGUACGGAUUGAACUUGUUGACCUCCAGCUACAACAACCCAAGAACCGGACGCGGAGGAAGCGGCAUGUUCUACCCUGAGGGGAAUCAUUUCAAGCACAUAUCAACCGGGCCGAGCACGACCCCGCUGCUGCGUACCGUUCGCAAUUUGAAUGUGAAAGUUCCUGAAAAAGUCUGCGACUCUAAGGUGAAUCCGAGGUCAUUGGAAACUGUCAACGGUACGGUGAGCAGAGGAUUGGUUGGUGGAAAGCCGUCGUUGGACAAGUACGAGUAUAUCGCCGAUAUCGAGAAAAACCAGAAUUUGUAUAAACUCACGAAGAUCGUGGAGGGCGUCAACAACGUGACCGUUUGCACGAACGACAUCUGCUGCAAGAUCGAUGUUGACCUGCAGAAGACCUCUCCCACGGAUGCUGUAUACGUGGCUGCUGCUUAUUACAACAAGAACACUGACUUGUACGGAUGCGGAUUCCUAUCUUGUGCCGACAACAAUUUGAGUAACUGCGGCCAGAGGAUCGACGAUGCCGAAAAGUUAACAUUCAAGGACGUUACCAUCUCCGCCAAAAAUAAGUACACCAAGAUCAACGCGUACAAUAUCCCUGUGGCUAUGCUCUCCAAUUACUUGGACUUCGACCAUUACACCUAUUGCGUCGAUGAGACCAACGGAAUUGUCAUGAAGUCUGAUGUCGCGAAAGAUGUUAUCGUCUACGGAUUCAUCGGACACAUCACAAGCGGUGCUUCCAUUCUUACCUCCAACAUCUUCCUCCUCACACUUAUCUUUGCUUAUUUAUAUAAAUUAUUUUAAUGAGUUGAGGUUGUAGACACUUAUUUAUAGUAAUAAACAAAAAUUUUAUUAUCAACCCAUAAGAAAAUAUUUCUACAGAAAAUUAAGUACAUAAACUAAACUUGUAUACAAUUGUUAAUAAAACGAGAGAAAAAAGAGAA